AUGUUUAAACUAUUUCGUUCUGUGAAAGAAGAGAUAACGACGCCUAUAGAAGGUGAUGUGAUCGGUGAUCUACCAGAAUGGAUAAUUGGUAGUGUGUAUAGAAAUGGACCUGGGCUGUUUGAAGUAGGAGACACAAAAUUUUUCCACUGGUUUGAUGGCAUGGCGAUCAUCCAACGAUUUGAUAUCAAAAACGGAAAAGUUAACUACCAGAGGAAGUUCUUAGAGAGUGAGGCCUACAAAGCUAAUAUAACGGCUAAUCGGAUUGUUUUUGCCGAAUUCGGAACCCGGGCUUAUCCAGAUCCAAAUAAAAACAUCAUAGUCAACCUUCUGUCUAAGUUUAUCGCGAAGAGAACGGAUAACUGUCCGGUAAAUAUAAUCCGAAUAGGAAAAGAACUAUUUGCCGUAUCGGAGACUAAUUACUUACAUCGAUUUGAUCCUAACACUUUGGAAACACUUGAACGUUUGAAUUUAAGCGACCUUGUUGAUGUAAACCAAGCUUCGGCGCAUGUGCAUUAUGAUCAAACUGGGACGAUUCAUAACAUAGGUUACUCCUACGGUGUUAAAACCCCCAAAUAUUGUCUUUAUACAAUAACACCAACCACUUCUGGCACCAGUAAAUAUAGUGGUAAACUUAUAGCAGCUCUUGGUAUUGACAAUAAACUGAAACCAUCCUAUAUUCACAGUUUUUUUAUGACUGAAAAUUUUUAUAUUUAUAUAGAACAACCAUUAGUGAUCAAUGCCUUGAAAGUUGCAUCAGCAGAAAUUCGACAACUUCCCAUGUCUGAUUGUCUAGAAUGGCGGAAAGAUUUAAAGACAAGGUUUCAUAUUGUAGACAGAAAAACUGGGAUCGAACUAAAUUCAAACUACGUGUAUGAAGGUGUACCAUUUAUGAUGAUAAACCAAGGAAAUGCGUUCGAAGAUGGUGGUAACAUUGUUUUGGAUCUUUGUGCCUUUAAAGAUGGUGAAGUUCUAAACAGCUAUUUCAUGUGUAAUUUAGCUUUCGAGAUACCAGAUGGGUCACCAGAAGGCAAUUUCCCGCCAUCAACCUACCAACGAUUUGUUUUGCCCCUAAACCUUGGUAAAACGACACCCAUAGGAACGAACUUACUAUCUGCGGCUUUUUCCAAAUCACUGGCUGUACGAACAUCAGAUACGAAAAUUUCGCUAACGUCGGAAGCAUUGUCAUACGAAUGUUUGUAG